ACCCUUCAACUACUUUCUAAAGCUAGUAUUCUUGACUUAUUUCAAUGGAAAUAUGCUUACUCACUUAUUGUAAGCUUUUGUAUCAUAAUCUUUGUAGCAUGUUUUUUUAAUUGUUUAGACAGGUUUGAUCUUUUUGGCUAACAUAAAAGCGGGUUAGGUUGGGGUUGGCCUAAUGGUGCUACAACAAUUUGGAGAAGUCAAUGGAAUUGCAUUUUAUGCAAGUGCUAUAUUCAUAUCAGCUAGUAGAAAAAGGAUUGUCUUUUUUCUUUUUCUUAUUUUUUUCCCUUAUUUAAUGCUACUUAUAGUUAACAGGAAAUUGAAGUUGAAUAGAGGAAUACUUUGUCAAUGACAGGCUUUUUAGGUAGUAUUGGGACCAUAGCAAUGGUCAUUGUUCAGAUUCCAAUGACAGCAUUAGGGGUAAUUUUGAUGGAUAAAUCUGGAAGGCGGCCACUUCUAUUGGAAAGAAGGAACUUGCGUAGGUUGCUUGCUUGUGGGAUUGUCAUUCUUCUUGAUCUUCAAACAUGGAUCAAGACAACGCCAAUUUUAGCACUUGUUGGAGUACUGGUGUACACAGGAUCUUUCUCAUUAGGCAUGGGAGGAAUUCCUUGGGUUAUAGUGUCAGAGAUAUUUCCCAUAAACAUGAAAGGCUCAGUUGGAAGCCUUCUUACAUUGGUUAGCUGGUUAAGUUCUUGGAUUGUUUCAUAUGCUUUUAACUUUCUAAUGGAUUGGAGCUCAGCAGGAACAUUCUUCACAUUCUCAAGCAUAUGUGGCUUGACUGUUUUGUUCGUAGAAAAGUUUGUACCAGAGACCAAGGGGCGAACAUUUGAAGAAAUUCAAGCAUCAUUGAAUCCAUUUUCAACAAAAAAAUGAAUUUCGCAUGCUUGUACAACAGCACCAAUCCGUGUUCGAAUAAGCAAAAUAAUUUCUUAAAACAUUAGCUCCAUUAAAUUGUGGUACUAAGUGCUAGACUAAUUGGUGAAUGGUUGUCACAAUAAGCAAGGUUUUUUUCAAAAGUCAAGAUAUCUUUGCAGCUAUCAUCCAAGAAUUAUUUUCUAAAACUGUUAUGGAAUUGAUAACCAUAGCUUGAAACUCUGCAUUGCACUUGGAGAGAAACUACCUAUUCACCACAGGGAAUGUGAAAGGUAAAUCUUGAAUUUUUAAACAUUUAGAGACCAUUUGACUUGUGGAAUCUUCCAUUCCUGAAAUCAUA